AGCUCUGCUGCAUUGCCCCUCAUGUUUUUGUGCUGUGAGGAGAAACUGAGGAUCAAAAGAAAAGUCCCUCGCUUCAUGCUGCCCAUCUGCACCAGCACCAACAUGAACGGAAGCGUCCUUUACGAAGUGGUCGCAGUCGUUUUCAUCGCCCAGCUCAACCGCAUCAAUCUGAACUUGAGCCAGUUAUUUACCAUUGCGUACCUCAGUAUUUCUGUUGUUUCAGGCCUUUAAAAAUGCAUCAUGCAGACUCUGAAGAGUCUGUAUGCUUUGCUUUGGUGUGCAGUGUGACGGCAGCAGCCACCAGCAUCGGCGCAGGAGGGAUCCCAGCUACAGGAGCAGUGACCACUCUGUUUGUUCUGACAGCGGUCGGCUUACCUGCUCAGGAUGCCUCUAUUCUGGUGGCUGUAGAAUGGCUCCUAGAUCGAUGCAACACCAUCGUCAACGUCUCUUCAGACUGCAUUGGUGUGUCGAUCAUCUAUGAAGUGUCCAAAAAAGAACUGGAGGAGCAUAGACAGGAAAUGAUACAGGAGUGUGGGGAGCCAUAG